GUGUGUGCGUGUGUGUGUGUGUGUGUGUGUUUUCAUGUAUUUCUACCUUUCUUGAGACAUCACCAAGGAAAAGUACCUUCCAUAUGAGGACCGGUGACCAAGUUAGGACAUAAAUCAUGGUCCCAAUAUGGAAAACCGUUGCAUCUAAUAGAGAAUGUCUCAUUUGCACCCCUGGUGGUGAAAUAUGUCAAAAUUAGGGUGGACCCAAAAAUUAGGAAUUUUUCAAAUUGACUAUGUGUUGGUUUUAAAAGUGCUCCUCCUCUGGUCAACAUACGAAAUAACAAGAGUGUGUAAAAAUUUGAAGUGCUCCCCCUCUGGCCAACAUAUGUAAGAACAAGUGGGUGUAAGAAAUCGAAAUGCGCCCACUUUUGCCAAAAUUUCUAAAAAAAAAAAAAAAAAAAAAAUUGUAUAUAGAGACAUACUGUAAUAACUUUUGUCUCGUCUUGUCUCAUAGCAACAGUGGUACUAUUGUAUUGUUAGUGUACAGAAGCUUUUCUUGUUUUGUUUGCAUGGUAUUGUUCUUGUAUUAUAUUGUUUAUGAUAAAUGUGGAAUGAGUGAGAGGGGUUGGGAUAUUAUAAGCAUCUGCUUCAUCCAACCCCUUUUCAAGCCUUGCAUAAAUGUGUCUGCCAAAAUGUAAAAAAAAAAUGUGUGUUGUUGCACUGUGCAGGUUUGAAAUAAAUACUUGAAGUAAAUAAUGAAGAUUAAAAAACAAUUACAAACAAAAAAUUUCAAAAAAUGUUACUAACAGCUUACCUUUUUGAUAUUUGCAUAGUAUGUAUAUAUUAUUAAUGUUGUAAAUACAGAUCUUUAUAUAUCUAGAAAGGCUGGUCCUAAAGGGGUAGACUUUUUUGGGCGGUCUCAAGAAGGUAACAAAUACAAGAAUGUUUGAGUGUGUGUGUGUGUGUGUGUGUGUGUGUGUGUGUGUGUGUGUGUGUGUGUGUGUGUGAGAACCGGGCUCCUAAAUGAAAACAUCACCCGGGAUGAUCUUGUCUGUUUAAGGAGGCGCUUGAGUAGGUGUCCUAAGAGGCUCUCGGGGGACGAGUGCAAAAACUGCCUGGCCAAGGUGUGUUUUAUUAGGAAAUUAAUGUCUCCCGCCGUCCCUUGAUGCAAGAACGAAUGUCAUGGAGGACGGCGGAGAGGCUGCGUCCAUUUACUGAGCCGGGUCGAAAUUCGGGCUGAACCAACGGCGCGUUUAUUUUGCUGGCGGAGAAUGUUAUUUUAGGGUGUGUUACUUUGCUGUAAUGUCGCAUUAAAAGUCCAUUUACAAUGGGGUCAAUGAAAAGCUUACUUGACUCAGAGGAAGCAAUGGGAGGAGAAGGAAUUUGUGCUCCCUUCCAAAAAUAAGUCCGCCCCCCCCCUUUUCCUACGUGGUGUUGCCAUGACUGAGUGGCAAGAAGGGGGGAAUGGUCGGGACUGUGAAUAGAGGGAUUUAGGUAGGAAGUGCAGGAAGGAAAUAUGGUUCUGAUUAACAGGAAUAUAGUGUAUGUGUUUGACCAUUUAGCUGGGGAGCGAGCGGGGGAGGGGCUAGUAGAGAAUGCACGCGAAAGCUCGACUGCCAAAAAUGAGAAGGAGAGUUUUUUUUUUCCAGAGAGAAAAGAAAGUACGGUGGAGUGUAGGGAAGGGCGAGCGGGGAAGCGCUUGUGGGAGUAGCUGAGAACAGAAGGCGCAAAGAUGGCGGCUAGAGUAGGGUAGAGGGGUAGGGGUGGAGGGGGUGGCGGUGUUUGAAUCAGUGAGGUGCUGAUUGACUGAUAACCGACUUAGAGGUCAAAAGUUUUUUUCUUCGAUAUCUCACUCGCAGAUUGUUUUGGAAGAACGCGACUAAGACUUUCUUCCAGUAAAGUGCAGGCAUUCUGGGAAUCGGCCAUGUUGAUUAGCCCCCGGGGUCUUCUGCGUGUGUGUGAUGAGAUCAUCUCCGCGGACACGCACACUCUCGCCUGGCUGCAGCUGCCCCGAUGGAAGGGGACUUUCCUUCCAGUUUCUGUGUCGCCGCCGCCGCGACUCAGCAUCUGUGCUCACUGAAGUGACUAAUCACUGGGUUCUAUCUCUCUCUCUCUCUCUCUCUCUCUCUCUCUCUCGCUAUCUUAACAGGCGUUUUGUGAGCUCAAGCCCAAAGGAGAAGUUGCCGGAUGAAGCUCAACUGUCCUUAGACGGAGGGGUUUUCUACAAUCCCGUCACUCCACCUGCGAUAAAAUCCGCCCCCCUACCUUCCCGGUUGGGUGAUAGCUCUCUCUUCCUCCCCCCCUGACUUCUCUGAUGGACCAGAGAAUGAAGGGGGGUACCCCUCCGACCACCGACUCCACUCUGGACGCCUCCCCCGCACCUGAGGAUUUGGAGCAGGACCAAGAGAAACGGAAGCGCAGGGUAGAGGCGGAGGAUUCGAGGAAAAAACGAGAGGGGGAAAAGGGGGCAGUACUGGAGUUGCUCAUCGAGGGGCGCUGCGGAGGCGCGGGGCAUGAGCCGCUUCAGCUGUGUGGCAAAGACGCCAGCUGCCCUGACGGGAACGUGCGACUCCGGAUCGGGGUCCAGGCCAAGCGCACCAAGAAGCCGCCCAAGAUAUUGGAGAGCUACGUCUGCAAGCCCACCAUCAGAACCUACCAGAGACAGGUCCGAGGGGGGUCGCUGGCCAGCAGGAGCAGCUCUGCGCCGGACGGCGCAAACAGAGACAACUUCUCCAGCUCUGACGCCGUUCAGACCGCGUCCAAACAAACCGCAUCUGUUGCCUCGCCGCCUCUAUUACCGCCGGCAUGCAGCACGGCUUCCGCCUCAGCCGUUGCCAGCUCGGGGACCAGGUCCGCCAAACAGGUUCCGCUCAAACAGGCCGCUAACACAGAGUCGACUUCCAGCUCGUCUGAGAGAGUAAAAAAAGAGAGGACUCAAAGCGUUCAUGACCAACCAGUCACUACAGGUCUCAAACCUUCGUCGCCCUCAACAGACCAGAAAUCUUCAGCUACGCCCUCCACGACAUGCACCGAAACUCCGCCUGAAAGGGAAAUCAACAAGAAACACAAUGGUGCGGUGCAGACGAAGAAACAGAAGGGUCUUUCGAAUGGGAGAUGCUCCGAAGACAACCUUGGAGACACCACACAACUCAAAGAAGGGAAACACAGGAGCUCUUCCCCUGUUCCUUCUGCGGACACGCCCGCAACACCUCCAAGUUCCUCUCAUACAGAGCUCCGUUUGCCGCAAAGAAGUAGCUCUCCUCCGACAACAGCACAAUCAAAAUCCUUCCCUACUUUGGAUAGGUCUGUCUCACCAGUUCGGGAUCCUUCACUACCCCUCUCCAAAGACCAAAAGAGAGACAAAGAGCGUAUGAUUAGGAAAGAGAAACGGAAAGCGAGGAAACCAAAAGGAGAUGGUCUGGAAGUAAAGAUAGUGAAGGAUGAUAGCAGAAAGGAAGAAAUUAAAAAGAAGAAAAAAGAGAGCAAAUCAAGGCACAUUAAAGAGCAAUUCAUGUCUGACCAUAAAGGUGGUGAGGAACUGAGGACUGGAGAAAAAGCUGAGAAACACAAGGAUAAGAUCAGAAAAGAGGACACCAAAUCGGGCAGCAGGGGUAAAUUACAUAAAACACAAGAAGGAAGAUCAGACGUGAGAGAUAUUACCGUACUGCAAGCAACAACUUGCGACGGCAGCAAGUCAAAAGAGAAAGAAGUCUUCAGACAUUCAACUGAGCCACCCAAACAUCCCGUAUUGUCUGUUCUGCCUCCUCUUUCUCCCCAGUCUUAUCCCCGAGAGCAAGACAGCAGACCGCUUAAGAAACGCAAAGCUAGACGGCCAAGCUGGACAAAGCUGGUACAUCGAGCUCAGAGGGCAGAAAAUCAGGAAGAUGAUUCUCAAACCAGUGUCUGCCAGAAUCCCAAGGCCACUAAUCAGCAGACUGAAGAGCUGACUCCCUCUUGUUUCCCAACCAACAACUCCCCCUCCGUGUCUUCCUCAAUUAAACCAUCGUCCCCAAAACGAAAUCACUCCACAUUAGAACCCAACCCGCCUGCUCCAAAAAGCCCUGCGACUCCUACCAGAAAAAGGGGCCGCCCUAAAUCCCACUCCAUGAUAUACAACGAACCUCCUCUUCGACUUUCACCCGAGGAGAUCGCCUUUCUGGGGUGUGACAAUGUUCCAAAAAGCCCCAUACUGGAGUCGAGCCCGAAAAGACGAGGUCGUCCUCGCAAACAACCCCUGAGUCCAACAGACGUCACAGAUGAUGGCACAGAUCCUCAUCCUUCUCCUGAAAAAGGAAACAAGCAGUUAAAGAUCAGGAAGCUGAUUAAUGAGAGAAAGAAAAAAAAGAAAAGGCGGCUUCAGAAGGUGAUGAUGAACAGCUAUACAGGGAAGGAGAGCAGAAGAACUAAAGGUGCAGACAACAAUCCAAGAACAUACAAGUCGACUGAACCUGCAAUAGUACCUACGCUCUCUGCCCUAUCCUCCUCCUUUGGGGCCAAGCUGGGCCCUCAGAUCAAUGUCAGUAAGAGAGGAACCAUCUACAUGGGCAAGAGAAGAGGGCGCAAGCCUAAAGCACAAACGACUCAUACGAAAUCCAACAGUUUCACUCAAUCGUCUUUGUUUAACCAGCCCACAGAAACAUCUCUCUUUACGUCUCACCAGUCCCAGCCGCCUCUCGCCCACCCGUUUCCCUCCCCAUCUCUUACACACUCCAGUGGGGCACAGAGUCCUUACAGUGAGGGAAGUGUCACCGAACCAACAUCUACUUUGGUCUUUCCUCCACUGUUCUCUCUACCGUCCCCAUCAUCUUCCUGCACUUCACCUAGACCCCUAUCCUGCGCCUCCCUCUCCCCCUUUGUAAAGAAGAGUUGUCCAUGCCAGGGCAGGCACCACUUCCCUUUUCAUCAGUCGUCAUGUAAGCUCUCUUCUCACACCCCUCCACUCCAUCCGACUCCCGGCUCCCCUGGCCACCUUAAAGACCCAACACCGUCCCCCAGGAGUGAAUCUCACAGCGAGGAGACUUUGCCUAGUGAUAGUGGAAUUGGAACUGAUAACAACAGCGUUUGUGAGCGAGCGGAGAUGAGGGGUGGUAGGCUCAGGUUGGGUCAAACAUCAGGAGGAAUUCUAGGUGGUCCGAAACAUGCUUCUCUUGGCGACAGCUCCUCUCAUUUCGUUAUGUCCAGACUCAAGAAUCCAAUCAGUAACUCAUCAACCAUGGAGCGACACCGGCAUAGGCACAAACGAAGGGAUUACAGCUGUCCCUCUUCAUGUGCUUGCUUGUGCCCCUACCCUGGACACAAGUGCACUCAUUCAGAAUACUUCCCUUGCCUUGGUCACAACACACUGAAGAAACAGAAAAAUAAACACAAAAAGAAACACCAGCAGCUGCUCAUGCAGGAUCCAGAGUUUCUGUCUGAACUGGAAGAGCUCAUCAGUCAAUUCAGUGACAUCCACAUCGGUCGAAAAGGCUGGGCUAGGCCGGAGCUGGCACAGGGUUUUGACGCAAGUGGGAACACACUUGUAGGAAGGCGCCAUCACUCCUCACAUUCUCACCGCUCCAACGUAUUCAGGAUCAAUCUGAAUGGCUUCUAUUCGCCUCACCCUCCGUCUUUUGCCGCUAAUGCAACCUUCCCCCCUCAGCCUUUCUUCCCUUGCCAGCCGGUGCAUUGCAACAGAAAGCCAGAGCUCAGGCAGUGUGGCUGCCCAUCAAAGUUCCAGGAGAGCAUUGAGAAUAUGAGCUUCUACAGCAGCUACCCUCCGGCCACAACACUUUACCACCACCUUCCCGGUUCAUACCCACUUUCCUCUCCUCACCAGUAUGCACCGCAACAGCCCCAUCAUGCCCACUUCCUCCUCAACCCAGCCAGGUUCCACAGGCGGAGGAGCAGGCUGCUGAGGGAGGGAGCUCUAGGGAGUGACAUUGAAGGAAGUGGAGGAGGCCUCAACUUAGGGUACACAUCAAGCCUUCCGUGCAACUGCGGGCAGAGUGAACACAAACAUAAACAUAGGCAGAAGUCUUGUGAACGAAACAUAGAUGACGAGGCGUUACAUGAUCGCGAAGAGGGGGAAGUGGUGGCGAGAGAGCGGUUUUCUAGUUUAAAGUCAAGGUUAAGUUUGAGGCAAGGAGGAGGAAAAAAAGGGACAAGACGAAUGGACGGCGUGCUGUCCAAAGAGUCACCUUGGCUACGUGAGAAUGGAAAUAAUUCCUUCUCUGUUGGCACAUCAUCAUCAUCUUUAUCAGAGAGCUCUAGACCUGCAUCUCUUUUCUCAGUGGGACUGGGCUCCUCUCACUUGUCUUUGUUUGGGGGAGGGUGGGGUGGCCUGGGCCAGAGUUGGACCAAACCUGGAGGUGCAGCAUUCCCAAACUCCGGCUGGGGAUCUUUCAGUGGACAUACAAGUCGAACGAUCCCCUCCGAGCAAGAAGACGAUGAUGGGGAAGACGUUGACUCCGUUCACUUGAACAGGACGUCUCCAUCCCUAACGCACACCAACCUGUUUACGUCAUCCGCUGUGACGACCCGAGAACGUGGCUUGAGAAGCGGGGCAGCCAGUAGAAACCUGGGGAGAGAAGGCAGGCUAUGGAGGACAGACCAGCCGGCUUGGACGGAAAGGAGAGAAGCAGGCUUACAAGGUGACUCAAGAAGCCGCCGGAAGCUCCAAGGUGUGCCGGCAGCCCACAGGGCGGAGGGGAAAAAUAAAAGGAGACCGGGACGACCCAGAAAACAGCCUCUGCCCUCCGCUUUGUCGUCCCCCGUGCCGUCACCCGACCUCUCGCCCGAUGAUGAUAACAAUAGCGACGUCCAAGAGAGGAGGGAGGGGAACGGGCCGCAGCGAGACGUCGGCUCGGUGCAGCAGGUGACGGAUUCUGAGCUGCAGGCCAAGCGGAAGAGAGGACGGAAGAGACAACACGACGCCUCUCCCUGUCAUCAAAGCGUCGCAGAGGAGGAGCCUGAAUGUCUUGACACACGCGACGGAGCUUUCGGCCCUUCCGCCGUCGAGCUGCCCGAAUCGCAACUGGUCGGCGUCCAAAGAGACAAGGGGGACGCCGGUCCUCCGUGGAAGACGUUUUUGAGGGCGGGUCUUUACUCUGACGAUUACAAAACUACAGAUCCCCCCUCCCAGUUGUUUUCCAGAGGGAGUGCGGAAUACAAAGCAGGGGAGCGUGAACACAGCCUUUUACCUGCGCCCAUCCAUGUUGGGAAGUACUUGAGGCUGAAGAGGAUCCAUUUCCAGUUGCCAUAUGAUGUCAUGUGGCUUUGGCAGCACAACCAGCUUCAAAAGCAACCCGCCUUCCCGCUGAAGAGGAAGCGGCGUUACUGCCGACUAAAGGACAGGAUGCUACCCUUUCAGCACACAAUGGAGGAGGGCCCCACUGACCUGGCCAGCCUCUUCCCUCACCUCGACAUGGAGCCUUUGACCGACAGCGAGCGGAGCUUUGUGGUGACACAUCGCGUGUUCCUAGUGAGGAACUGGGAGCUGGUGAGAGAGCGACAGAUCCGACUGAGGACGGAGCACAGGCCAGAAAGGGAUGGCGAGGCGGAGGAGAGGGACUGGCGCUUUGUUUGCGGGGACGGAGCCAGUGGAGACGACCACAUCAAGUCAGAUGUACCAGUGGGGGUGGUGGAGGUGACCGUUUCCACUAGCAGUGACCCCCAACACCACGAGAGCCCCGACACCCCCAGCUCCCUCGCAGCUAGCCCCCCCCCCACGGACAGCCAGGACGGAAAGGAAGGAGAAGACGAGGAGGAGGAGGGUGGCAGCGUGGAAGACAAAGUCGGAGAUACCAGCAGAGAGCAGAGGAGAAAACGGCUCAACGAUUUACUUUUGACCCUUCAGCAUUCAUAAGCUAACACACAGAGGUGUGAGCACUGACAGGAAAAGGGGACCAGUCCCCCGCCGGGACACAUGUACAGGUGCUGUGUGGACAUUGGGAGAGGAUCAAUUAAAAUAAGCAAGAAAGACAUCAUCAUGACACGCUGUGGCAGAUGUUGAAUCGAGCGUUUUUGAAGGAUGAAACCAUGGCAACACAUCUUUUGUCCAGGCAGCCAAGGAUGAAAGCGAGACAGAGAAUGAGAGCGAGCGGAUCACGGAAAAAACAGACCAGCUGAAAAUGAAUUUGCACUAAAGACACUAAAGACUGUGUGGAGGUUUAAAAGACACACUUCCACAAGCAAAGUGCGCGUAAAGACUGAGCCGAGUGAAACCUGGACGCUUAUGAAGCGAUAACUAGGUCAGAAAGGAAACUUCCAAAGUCACAUUGCACCUUGAGGAAGGGGAAGAAGCUCUUCUAUUUACUCUACCAGACAGCGAACACAACGCGGGGGUGUUUGGCGUCGCUGCAAAAUAAUUUUAAGAAAGAUAAUAUUUUUGUUGUGCCGUCUUCUAAAGAACUCAAUGAAUACGAGGAAUGUUGAACUAUUUUCAGUAUUGCUUCCUGAGGGUGAAACGUGUCUUUAUUUCCAUCAGAUUGCCUUUGAGAAUGUUUUAUUGACAAUCAGAAUGUCCCAGGGCAGUGAGAAAUGACAGGAUGCGGUUCUAAGUACGGUGGUACCUCGGUUUUCAUUAAUAAUCCGUCCCGAAAGGUCUGCCGAAACCCGAACCGUACAACAACCAACGCAAUUAUUUCCAUAGGAAAUAAUAUAAGUCCACCUAAUAAUGUGAAGACAAAACACAUUUUAUCAAAAAUAAUUACAGAUUUACAUGCAGAAAACAAUGUGAAAUACAUACACUAUAUUGCCAAAAGUAUUUGGCCACCUGCCUUGACUCACAUAUGAACUUGAAGUGCCAUCCCAUUCCUAACCCAUAGGGUUGAAUAUGAUGUCGGUCCACCUUUUGCAGCUAUUACAGCUUCAACUCUUCUGGGAAGGCUGUCCACAAGGUUGUGGAGUGUGUUUAUAGGAAUUUUGGACCAUUCUUCCAAAAGCGCAUUGGUGAGGUCACACACUGAUGUUGGUCCAGAAGGCCUGGCUUUCAGUCUCUGUUAUAAUUCAUCCCAAAGAUGUUCUGUCAGGUUCUGGUCAGGACUCUGUGCAGGCCAGUCAAGUUCAUCCACACAAGACUCUGUCAUCCACGUCUUUAUGGACCUUGCUUUGUGCACUGGUGCACAGUCAUGUUGGAAGAGGGAGGAGCCUGCUCCAAACUGUUCCCACAAGGUUGAAAGCAUGGAAUUGUCCAAAAUGUUUUGGUAUCCUGGAGCAUUCAAAGUUCCUUUUACUGGAACUAAGGGGCCAAGCCCAACUCCUGAAAAACAACCCCACACCAUAAUUCCUCCUCCACCAAAUUUCACACUCGGCACAAUGCAGUCCGAAAUGUACCGUUCUCCUCGCAACCUCCAAACUCAGACUCGUCCAUCAGAUUGCCAGAUGGAAAAGCGUGAUUCAUCACUCCAGAGAAGGUGUCUCCACUGCUCUAGAGUCCAGUGGUGAUGUGCUUUACACCACUGCAUCCCACGCUUUGCAUUGGACUUGAUGAUGUAUGGCUUAGAUGCAGCUGCUCGGCCAUGAAAACCCAUUCCAUGAAGCUCUCUGCGUGCUGUACGUGGGCUAGUUGGAAGGUCACAUGAAGUUUGAAGUUCUGUAGCAACUGACUGUGCAGGAAGUCAGCGACCUCUUUGCACUAUGCGCUUCAGCAUCCGCUGACCCCUCUCUGUCAGUUUACGUGGCCUACCACUUGGUGGCUGAGUUGCUGUUGUUCCCAAACUCUUCCAUUUUCUUAUAAUAAAGCCAACAGUUGACUUUGGAAUAUUUAAGAGCGAGGAAAUUUCACGACUGGAUUUGUUGCACAGGUGGCAUCCUAUGACAGUUCCACGCUGGAAAUCACUGAGAGCGGCGCAUUCUUUCACAAAUGUUUGUAGAAACAGUCUCCAGGCCUAAGUGCUUGAUUUUAUACACCUGUGGCCAGGCCAAGUGAUUAUUACACCUGAUUCUCAUAAUUUGGAUGGGUGGCCAAAUACUUUUGGCAAUGUAGUGUAUAUAUAUAUGAUCAAACCUUGGAAAGACCUGCGACCUUUGUGGGUCUUUUUAUUGCCUUCAGAGAUGACAUCAUGCAACAGAAUGUUAAUUUUAAAAGUGGUAAAAAAUGGCCACAGAAGUUGUCAAGGAAUUCAUCUCAAAAUUUGCGUUAUCCAGUAGAGGUUGGAAUCUUUGUGCACCUCACGAUUCGAUUACGAUUACGACUCAGAAGAUCCGAUUCGAUUAAAAAUAGAUUAUUGAUGCAUCUUUAGUUUAUGUAUAUUGAUGCAGUUUUACAUUUAUUUUCGUUUCACUAAAUAAGCGUUUAUCACUUGCAACUUUAAAAAAAAAAAUCAAUGGAAGUAAAAAAACUGUUAAAUUAAUUCCCACAUUUAAUAAAUUAUUGAAAAUGUGUGCAAAACUGGACCAUAAUUGUCAGAUAGUAAAGGAGUUGGUGGGAUCACUGCAGUCAGACACAUUUUAGAACUGUCUGCAUCAUUUUAUUUACAAUAAAUACAUCGAUUAUCAAUUAUUGACGUUUACUAAUCGAUUCGAUAAUCUUCCAUGUCUGAAUUGCAAUGCAUCUAAAAAUCAAUUAUUUCCCACACCUGGGACCCUUUUGUCCCCCAUUGACUCCCUUUUAUAACGGCCAUUUUUCGAUAUACUGUAAACUUGUUAUUUUAUAACGCUUUUUCCACGAACACCAAAUGAAUCCAAGCAUUUCCUUUUGAAAUACGUGUAAAUUCUAUCAGAGGUGUAAUUUGACCUCUUAACCGGAGAUACUGCCAGAGUACCCUAGAGUACCAUAAAUUCAUAUUAGAUGCAUAGUUGCUUUGAUCUGCCAACAACUUUGAUGUCAUAAAAAAGAUGUUGGUGAGUUGGUAGUGACAUGUAAUGUGAAUCUAAUUUAGUGUGUAACUUUGCUGCCUCUUGGCCAGGACUCCCUUGAAAAAAAAUGUUUUUUAAUCUCAAUGAGAUUUGUUCCUGGUUAAAUAAGGGUUAAAAAAUGACAGUUGUAUCAAUGUGGCUACAAUAAUAUUGUGACUGUAUGAUUAUUGCAUACUUUGUUUUUGCCAUAACAAAAUUGGGAUUUAUUUGACAAAAAGGGCUUAAAACAAAGAGAUGGUCUGAAAUGUAUCGACCAAUUUAAGAGUAGAAUAUAACAAAUAACUAUUUUGACCUAUUUUUUAAACCUUUAUGGCUGAAAUCUGUUCAGGUCCCCGGGACCUGUAACAUUCACCAUAUUUGGGGGCUCCCCAAGGGUUAAUUGGAUAAACAAACAUUUCAUUUAACAUUAAGUUUAUGGGAGAGUCUUAUCACAGAGAGACGGGACCUCACUUUCGGAUUUUGCUACGAGUUCUCAUAGUGUUUCUCACCUUCUUUAUUCGAGUGUUAGCACUUGCAACUGUUUUUUGGCCCUACGGUUGCUUCUUUUUUUGCUUGGUUGUACAAUCACCGAGAUGCUACGCGAACAUAUUAAUCGUCAAAAAGCGGGGCGUACGAAAACAGAGGUACCACCGUAGAAAUGCCAUGCUGUCUCGUAUCGAUCAAAGCAAUAUCUCCUGUGAUAAGGACUAUUAUUAUCAUUACAUAGUACAUACAUACAGUACAGUAUAUCUUUGUCAUGUUUUAUUAAGUCGCCUUGGUGUUUAUUUUAGUGUACAGAUGCUUAGAUAGGUCUUACUUUAUAAGGGCAUUUAAUAUCUAGUUUCAUGUGAAUGUACAUAAAACAAACUACUACAGUAUAUACAUAAGAUAUAAUCAUUAUGCUUUUGUUUUUUACCGCUGACCAAUACAUUAGCUUUCAUUAGACUGUGAUUGUAUACCUUUCGUUUUGUUUUUUAGACAUGCAUGUUUUUUAUUGGUCAAACAAUCAGUGCUUAUAAUUUCUAAGUAGCGUGGCUUUUUUUUAAUUUUACGAAUAACAAGCCAAGAAAGUGCAAUUUUUUUCACUGUUUACAUAUCCUGCAUAUAUUUUUCCUUCCCUUUCCUGAUUAUUGAUUUUUAUAGCAAAAAGGUACAACAAUAACAACAAAGAGAGUUAUUUAUCUAGUUUGCAUGACAUGUAUUACCUUUGCCUGCUGCCUCUCAAUGCAUCUGGAAAAAAACACACAAUUGCCAUAGAAAGUCAGCUUUUUUUUUUUUUUGCUUCUCUAUCCAGUAAUUAUAAUAAAAACAUUUUAUGUCUAAGAACUAAA